CUCGUCUUCGGUUGAGGAUAUUUUUCUUUUUGUUAGUUCCGUUUUAUAUUCUUCUUUUUUAAAUAAGUUUAUUUUUAGUUCAAAAAACAUUAUUGUUAUUAAAUAUAUUCAGCUUGUUAUUUUUACAACAAAUACAAGCUAUAAAUGUAAAAAAAAGAGAAACAACAAGUGGUGGUCGUUGGCUCGUGUGUUUACGUGCCUUUACAUAUGAGCCGUGUAAAUAAAGUGCAAUAAAUUAAGAAAAUUUUAAUAAUUUUUUAAACAACGACAGCAAAAUAAUAAAAAAAAUGAGUGCAAUUAAAUAAAAAUAAAAUAUUUUUAAAAUAUUUUGCAUUUUUUCCCCUUCAAAAGAUCUCAAUAACAAAACAGAAAAUGUAUCUUUAUCUGAAAUAUUAUACCCUUAUAGCCCUAAUCAUUUACAGUGGAGCUUCUGUUAGGGGCAGGCCAGAAGAGGAAAGUCCUGCCCUACAAGAGCCACAAAUUUUACUACCCAGUAUAAGCAGCUCUGGCGGUUUAGCAACAAGUGGAAAUGGCAAUGCUUUAGCUACAACAGAACCCAAUAAAUCUCUGGUCACAACACAAGUUGAAACGGCACCUGACUAUUGUUUCCAAAUGGAAGAGAAUUUGUGCCUUAAUUUCUAUAAUAACACCAAUACCAAUAAUACCUGUCAGUGUCGUCAACAUCCCAAUUCAAAUGCCACACACAAUAAUUGGUAUUGUUGUAAUAUCACUCAAUUAUCAAUGAUAAGCACUUGUCCCAAUACCGCAAAUUGGACUAAUUUACAUAUUUAUAAUGCCACCAUGACAGAAAUUGAUUUAUCAUCACCCAUCUUUCAGACACUACAAUCAUUGGCCAUAACGGAUGGCAAUAUUAAACGUAUAGUGAAAACAUUUUCACGCAUGUCGAAAGUAAAAUGCCUUAAUUUAUCCAAUAAUAAUCUAUUAAAUAUCUCUAUAACACCGAUUUUUGUGAAAUUUUUAAAUCUCUCCAAAAAUAAUCUAACACAAAUACCCAAAUUGGGUCCAAAUCAAAAUAUAACCAUGGAUAUAAGAGAUAACAAACGCAUGCUGUGCAAUAAUUUGGUAGAAACCAUAUUUCGUGGUUCAUUUAAAUUUGUGGCUCCCAACAGUUCGUUUUGUUUAAUGGAUUCAACAUUUAAUUGGUUUAAUACAACGGAUUAUAUUGCUAUAAGUCAAAUUGAUAUAAUUAAACGUUUCUAUACAGACUGUCCGGUUAUACCAGGCAAAGGAAAUUGCACAUGUGCUCCUGAACAUAUGUUGUCAGCGGGUGAUCCUUCCAAAAACAAAAUAUUUUGUCGUGUUGACUGCUCCAACUUGGGUUUAACUGAAUUACCGCCCAAAUUACCAGAGAAUACAUUUCAGCUUAAUAUUACAAACAAUAAUAUCACUGUAAUUGGUGAACAUUUCCAUAAUAAUCCCACCUAUCAGAGCAUUGUAAAAUUAUUGGCCGAUAACAAUCAUAUUGAGUCAAUGCACGACUUGGAGGGCACGAAAUUUAUGGAUCAUUUUCAGCGUUUGUACUUGCGUAAUAAUAAUAUUAAAAGGCUUCCUGAAUAUCUAUUAACCAAUGUUUUGGAUAGUAUAGUAGGACGACAGAUAUUCUUGGGUGGCAAUAAAUUAAUUUGUGAUUGUAACUCGGCUAAAGUUUUAAAGCUUUGGCUACUGCAGCGCAGUAAAGAUAUACCCGACUAUGUGGAAAUACAAUGCCGUAACAUACCUCAGCGUAUAAUGGAAUUACAAGAGAUUAAAGUAUGUCAAUCACCUCACGAUUGGACCGAUUACGUAUAUUACUUAAUAGCUACCGAAGUUAUUUUAUUGAUAGCCCUAAUAACUAAAGUAUCCUAUGAUUAUUGGGUAUUCAAAACAGCCGGCUAUUUGCCUUGGCCAGCUAGUAAAAUGCCAAAAUUACCUUGUGAUUGGCUUUGUGAGUCAUAAUUUCUAGUAUUUAAGUUUUUUUUUGUAGUAUUAAGUAAAAAACAAAAACUGUGUGUAUAAAUUUAAGCUUAAUGUGUAGAUAGAUGUUUUGAAAGCUUUUUUUGUAUUACAAAUUUUAAAAAUUAUUUAUGUUUAAUGGAAUCAAAGUGCCUAAAAAGUCAAGAUUAUUAUAAUCUUAAAAACAUAUCAAACAAGUGCAAUUAUAUAUAAAUGUUUAUGAAAAAUUAGAAAAG